GCCGUGCUGCAGUACCGCACCGCCGGGCCCGCCGCCGGGCGCGGCUUCUACGUCUGCGACCCGGGCAGCGCGCACGGCACCUUCCUCAACCGCCGCCGCCUGCCGCCGCGCGCCUACUGCCGCCUGCAAGUCGGACACUGCCUGCGCUUCGGCGCCAGCUCCCGCCUCUUCGUGCUGCAGGGACCAGAGGAAGAUCAGGAGCCCGAGUCUGAACUAACCGUGACUCAGCUGAAAACUUUGCGCAAAGAGCAGCAGGCAAAGCUAGAGAAGACCAUGCUGGGCGAGGACUCUGAUGAAGAUGAUGAAAAAGAAGAGAAAAAAAAUGAGACCAGUGGGAGCAAUGAUAUGACCUGCUCAUGGGGACUGGGGGAAGAUGCAGAGGAAGAUGAGGCUGAAGAAAACCCAAUUGCCAUUGAAUAUCAGGAAGCGCAAGAGGCUUUCUAUAUGAAGGACCCUAGGAAGGCAGUGCAGGGUUUCUUUGACAGAGAAGGGGAAGAAUUAGAAUACGAAUAUGAUGACCGUGGACACAAUAGCUGGCUCUGCAGGGUGAAGUUGCCUGUGGAUGAUGCAUCAGGGAAGCAGCUGGUGGCAGAGGUUACCCAUUCAGGAAAGAAAAAGGAAGCAAUGAUACAGUGCGCGUUGGAAGCUUGCAGGAUACUGGAUGCUAGGGGUGUGCUGCGGCAAGAGGCAGUAUCCCGGAAGAGAAAAGCAAAGAACUGGGAAGAGGAGGAUUUUUAUGAUAGCGACGAUGACACUUUCCUUGAUCGAACUGGAGCUGUCGAAAAGAAACGACUGAACAGAAUGAAAAAAGCUGGGAAGAUAGAAGAGAAACCAGAGACUUACGAUUCCCUGGUUGCAAAAUUAAAUGAGGCUGAAAAGGAACUUUUGGAGAUAGCUGAAAAAUUGAAGGCUUCAGGAAAAGGCCAGUCCAAGCCAGCAGCUCAGGAUUCCUUGGAUGAGUUCAUGACUGAAAUAAAAGCAGGAUCCACCUUAGACAGUGUGGCACGAAAAAAGCUUCAUUUGCGGACCUUUGAACUCAGGAAAGAGCAACAGAGGCUGAAAGGGUUAAUAAAGCUCGUUAAGCCUGCCGAACUGCCAGAGUUGAAGUCCCAGACUGGGAGUCGUGGUCUGGAAACGGAGAACAAGCCUAAAAAGCUAACGUUGCCUCUCUUUGGGGCAAUGAAAGGGGGAAGCAAAUUCAGGCUGAAAACUGGAAGCCUAGGGAAGAUGCCCAUCAGGCGUCCAGAUAUUCCUGAAAACAUCUUAAAAAUGAAAGAUGAUGGGCCAGAAGUGGAGGAAGAGGAGGAAGAGGAAGAGGAGCAGGAGAUGAAAGCAACAAACAGCAGGAACAAGAAACCAGAGGUGAAAGUGGCAGCAGAGGAAGAAAUGGAACAAGAGAUUCAACUUCCUCCUAGCUCUCCUUGUAAGAGCAAGAAUUUGGAUUCUACUCGUGAGGUUUGUUUUCCAACCAGCAAGGAGCUCAAGACUUCAGAACAUGCAUCUCAAACUGGCCCCUCACAAGAGAAGCCCCAAGCAUCUGGAAUAUGGAAAAGAAAAUCUGAAGAGGGACCCAAAAAAAUGAAAGCAGUUAAUAGCCUAAGCAAGGUCCAUCAAGUGUUUUCCUCAUCAGAUUACCCAGAAGAUGACCCAGACUAUUGCAUGUGGAUGCCUCCUGCAGGUCAAAGUGGAGAUGGGAAGACUCAUCUGAAUGAAAAAUAUGGCUAUUAAGCCUCCCCUGCUCUCUACGAAGCAGCAUGGUCUCUCUGACCCCAGAGCCACCUCGGUCAGCUUCCCCAUAUACUGUUGAGUGAGUGGCAAAAGAGUCGUCUCUCCAUUUGCUGUUCGGGGUUGCAGGGCAUCAACACUCACUCUGGUAGUUACCUCCUAUUCACUGCUUUUGUGCUUUUGUUUUAUAAAAAAAAUCUUAAGACUCCCAGAUCUUGCCCACAGUAUUCUUUUU